AUGGUUGAACGGUUGAACCAUCAUGCAUGACGACAACGAAGCGAGCCGGACAGACCCGUGCAGCCCCAUGCGAACACUUCAGAGGGGAGCACAGCAGUUGCAACGAGUCUGACGGCAGUGCCUCGAGGAUAGCAGUCAUGGAGGGAGCGUCAUUUUUCGCCGAUGCAUUUCUAACCGCUAGUCGCUGCGGAGAUGCCCCACGGGAACCACGGGAGGUGCAGCUGGUUCCGUUUGUGCGCAACCGCACACAGCUCACCAGCAGCAAGGACGAAGGAGAAGACCGACUCAUCCAGGACUUCGGUCCAGGUCGGCGCGUUCAUGAAGCCAAGGACAUGGAUGAAGUGGGAGCAGCGGGGAGGGGCACCGACUGCUUCGAUCUUUCUGUGAAGAACUGGCAUCGAUACGUUGCUGCUGUUGGCGACCGUGGUCGGCGCGUUGUGUUCGAUCCGACGGAGAUGGCUAGACUGUUGCAGCCAAGUGGAAGCGGCAUAGACUCUCUGUGGAGAAUGGAGAAGUUGAUCGAAACGACGCUCGAACAGGAAACGCCUGGAGGCGAGACGCUCUUGAUACUAAAAGCGGUGACCGACGCGUUCUUCGUCGCGUCACGAGCUGUCGACGAUGAUUCCGCCGCCAUUUGGAGUUACGGCGGGGCGCUUAGCGGGGACAAGGAGCGAGACCUUCUUGUACCAGCAUUGAGACAAGCCUGGGAGCACGCCGUGAUGCAUAGGAACGGCAGCCCUAACGAGUGGCAUUCCUCAGUGGAUUUGCACGUAACAGCAGCCUGGUUUCAGGCUUGGGAGGCCGCGUAUCAGGUUGAGGACGUGUUGCCUGCGAACUGGACUUGGGUACUGGAACAGCUGGAAUCGCAGGAAACUUCGGAAGGUCCCCACAUAGAGGGAGAGCUGGUGCUGGAAGCGGUCGAGGGGCUACAGCUGGGGCUACCCCCAGAGAACUGGUCGCUGGAUGAUGUCAAGAGGUCUUUGCUGCUCGUGAGCGACGAGCGCUGGUUUCGAGAGGGACAAGCGAUGGUGGACCUCAGAUUAUUCGGCCCAACUCGCGAGAGUACUUUCAGGAGGGUGUUCUUCGACGUACCCGGAGCUUUUGAUGGCUGUCUCAAGGACCGAGCCGGGGUGGCCUUGAUUCCGCCAACGUUUAGAAUGUACACGGCGGGCGACAUUUUCGAUGCUUUCGGGCACGAUGCCGUGGUGAGGUCUCGAGACAUCGCCAGCGGAGAAACUUCGAGGAGAGCAGCACUCGAAGAGGUCGAGUGCAGCAGCAGCGACGACUCGAGCAGCACAGCUAACGACACCUCCGGGAGUGUAACGGCCGGGCCGCGGCGGGAGGUUGCUAUUGCAGAGAUCCAGGUUACCUGGGUGGAUGGAUACACGCAUGUGCUGGGCUGGCUGGACUCUAACGUGGUGUCCUGAACUGGCAAGCAUGCGUCAUGAGCGGCAAAGGGGUAGUUAAUUUCUGUGAAUUGUAUGUAUGCCCUCUUACAGCGGGUCGGCUUUUGUUCUUCGUUGCUUUGCAUGAAUUGUCGAACCGGGUACGUGGAUAUGACCAAAAUCUUCGUUCCACAUGUUAUCUGGGUACUCGGUCGAUGUGCUGCGGUCUGUCUACAUUUGCCCUGCCUAUUUCCGCUGAAAACUACUUCGGUGGUAUAGAUUUCGCCAGCCGUGCCCCCUCACGAGGACUCAGGACAUUGAUCCAGGCUUUCUGUGUGGCUCUUGAGGUAGAUUCUUGUUUUUCUCCGAGCGGUGUCAUUUAGCUCCUCUAUGUUUGCUGACGUCUCUUUGAUUACCCGCCCACAAGUUCUCCUAACCUGUGGUGAACUACUGCUUGUAAACUCCUGCACUUUGUCGAGAGUUUGGUCGCCUACACAUGUAUUUCGGCGAAGUCCGUAGCGGUGCUUCGCUCACAAAAAGGCAGCAGGGACGCAAAGGCGUAAAGAUUU